AUGCCGGUGUCCCUUGUCCAUGCACUGUCCUCACAUCUCAUUAGCGAAGAAGAAUGCAAGAAGCGCUAUUCCACGCUUAUCUCCUUAUCGGCUCGCCUCCUCGGAAGAGCGCCCAUCGACUUCUUUCGGUUAAUGAGUGUUUCCGAGUUGCUGCACGACCCUUGUGCCGCCCUAAUCCGUUCAGGGUUCAACAUUCCAAGCUGUGAAGUAGGCCUCUCCUCCAUUUCCUCUGCACAAAGAAGGAUGGCCCUUUUCGAAGCAUCCCGCACCCACGGCACGCCAUACUGUACAUCGCACUGUGCUGCUAUAGGUGACAUAUUGAAAGGCUCAUUUGCAAGUCAAUGCAUACGGGCGGGAGGUCUGGCAAACUUAAUAAAUAUUACGAAAGAUGGUGAUGAACUAAUCCGAAAUAUUGUGCAUGAGGCGUGUAGCAUCCCUGCAAGAACAAAAACACGGACCAGGGAGGACUUUCUGAAACGCUUUGGGUCAAAAGGAUUAAAUGAACUAGCACUCAUGGUGUCUUUCAUGGGCUGGCUUAACUUUUGCAACGACAUUGCAGGAAUGGAACUCGAGAAGAGCAUCGCCCCAAUUUCAGAAGCCGUUCUUUCAAGAGAUACACUACCAUCAGGAGUUCCGUAUGUAGUUUCCAAAGAGGGAGACGGCUCAAAGGCAGAGUUAGAGGCAAGCUUGAUCUCUGGUGAGAGUUCAAUUGGGAUUUUGGGCCGUCUGCGUUACCAUGUUCGAAACGUGAUUAAUUUGUGCGAAACGGUUCCCGCACUCAUAGAAGCAGCAUCAGAAGAGCAGAUGCUACUCAAGGGCAUACCGCAUGCCAGCACUGAGAUUCACGAAUGGCUAUUACAGAACGUGGGGUGUGAGUUGGAGCUAUCUAGGAACGUUACCGACCCAAAUAUAUUGCGGGCAAUCGCUUUUUGUUGUAGACACAUCUUCUUACGGGACAGCAUGACGCCGUGGAGCCAGUUUGAGAAACUGGCUUUCUUUUAUGCGUUUGGAAAACAAGCGCAAAAUACCACUUUUGUGAAAGAUGCGAUCGCGAUUUUCACUGGGCAAAGAUUGAGAGAGGAGUGGCCAAGAAAGACGACACGGGAGCGGAAAGAAGACGAAAUGUGGAGCAAGACAGCCACAACGGUAGAGCAGCAAUUUGACAGACUGUACGAAAACAAGAUAUCUGGGAGAGAAUGCACAGAUCCGUUUUCCGCUGCUCUUUACUUUGUGGCGAAUGGUGCUGGCCAUGCUGGGAGUGUUUCAACGGAUAUCAUGACGCAGACGAUUGAUCUUGUUGAUAACCCUGGGGCUGUUGUCGAUUUGGUGGCGGUGUGUGGAAUCUUCGCGAUGCUCCACCGACUGACUGUCUUCCUCAAAACCCCGUUAAGUUGAAAAGGUUAUACCAAGUGGUGUUCCUUGAACUGAGUUGCCUCGUGGCCGUCUUUACUUAACGACUCUGCAGGUUAAGUCGUGUAGACAUUAGAAGUAAAAUAUUGAAUGCUA